GGCGCCGAGUUUAGCUAGCUAGCUAGCUAGCUGCUGCUGCAAGACUCAGAGCACACCCUGCCAACGAGCCAGCGUUAGCUAACAGGCACAGGCAUGUCGGGCAAGAGUUUUCGAGUUAGCGACGGGGACUGGAUUUGUCCUGAUAAAAAGUGUGGAAACGUGAACUUUGCUAGAAGAACAAGUUGUAACAGAUGUGGUGGGGAGAAAACCACAGAGGCAAAGAUGAUGAAAGCUGGAGGAACAGAGAUUGGGAAAACUCUGGCUGAGAAGAGCAGAGGCCUCUUUAGUGCAAACGAUUGGCAAUGCAAAACAUGUGGCAAUGUCAAUUGGGCUAGGAGGUCAGAGUGCAACAUGUGUAACACUCCAAAGUAUGCCAAGCUUGAAGAGAGAACAGGUUAUGGUGGAGGUUUCAAUGAAAGGGAGAGUGUGGAAUACAUUGAACGGGAGGAAUCCGAUGGUGAAUAUGAUGAAUUUGGUAGGAAAAAGAAAAAGUUUCGUGGAAGGUCUGGCAGUACACCGCCCUCAAAAGGAAGUGAAAAGAAAGAAGUAGCAAAAGUUCAAGAUGACGAGGAAGAGGAGGAGGAGGAGGAUGAAGAGGGUGAUCUUUCCAAAUAUAAAUUGGAUGAUGAUGAAGAUAAUGAUGAAGGGGAAGGAGAUGGCGAGGGCGAGGGAGACCUGUCAAAGUACGACCUGGAUGCCAGUGACGAUGAGGACAAGCCUGCUAAGAAAAAAGGCAGUCGUUCGGGUUCGUCCCACUCAUCUUCGCGCUCCUCCAGCUCCAGUUCACGGUCGAGGUCCAGGUCCCACUCUAGAAGCUCAUCCAGUUCCAGGUCAGGAUCUCGCUCGAGGUCCCACUCCAGAUCCAGUUCCAGGUCUGGAAAGGGCUCCUCUCCCAAGAAGAGGUCCCGCUCACCUUCCUCUUCACCGGAGAAGGGACAGAAGCGCAGUCGCUCCAGGUCCUCAUCUGGAGAGAGAAAGCGGAGACGUUCUAGAUCACAUUCGUCCGAAAGGUUUGGGUUUCUGUGGAAUACCACAAUGGCACUGUCAAAUAUUAGCCGUCUGUCGCCUCGCUUAAGGGAAUUCAGAUUUACAGAAAUAUGUUCACAUUUGGCCUUAAGUUGUUUUUAUAUUGUGUGACCGUGUACUUGUUUCAACUAUUCUUUACUGAGUGUUAAUUGCUGACCUUGUUCUUCUUCCCAUGGUUUUUGUGUGAUUUCAGGCGCCGCGGCCAGUCCUCUGGAUCAUCCGAUUCUGGCUCCAGUUCAAAAAAGAAAUAACUUAAUUACAGCCUUUAAAACAAGUAAAUGAACCGUAGUAGAAAAGUGCAUGUUGUGUUUCGAGGAUACAACUACAUAAUUUCAGUAUGCUGUCCAUUUUCCUAGAAAAGUCUUAUUUCCCUCAAAAGACAGCGGCAACAUGGCUUCUCUCCGCUGUUACCCAUCGAUACGAGCUCCCUUUUCAAAACCACAUACACCCCAAUCUGUGACAGGUGUCCGUAACGGCAGUUGUCCAAUAAACAUAAAUCUGUCCCAUAGAAAAUCAGAUAUACUGUGAAGUGGCUGUAUGCCCUUUUAACUCCUUAUUUUUCUUGGCAGUACAUUUUAUUCUACUCAUCUGUGGAGAAAUUGAAGUAAAACAUUUUUUACAUUUUUUUUUUUUUUUUUUUUCAACCACUUAAUAUUUUUUUUUUAGAAAUGAUUUCUUUUUUUUAAUAAUAGGUGAAGUACUUAAGCACCAAUUUUCAAUAACAGAUGUAGCAAUGAAUUUUGGCCCCGUUUUACUUUCUAUAUAUAUAUAUAUAUAUAUAUAUAUAUAUAUAUAUGAAGAAAGUAAAACGGGGCAAAUAUAUAUUGCUUUGUUUUCAAGGUAAGUAUUUUACUUGUUUUAACUAAAUGACAGUAAAUUCAACAUUCUUUAGUUUAGGUGUUUACUGUUUUUUUUUUUUUUUUUCUUUACACAGUUGUCGCCUGUUUUACCACCUAAUUAUUCCUCUUAAUUUGUCACUUACAUUUAAAAAAUAGCUGAUAUUUGUGCUCCAGAUUAGUACACCCACAAUAACCAACACCGUACAGUAUAUCCCGAAUAAAUGGUAGUGUGGCAAUACUACUUUAUUGGUGAAACAACUCAAAUGUACACUUGUAAAUAAACUCCUGUUGAAAUGGUU